GAGGGCGAGGUGAACGGCAGAUGCUUCAUUACGGCUGCGAUUCAGGAGUUCGAUUCAGUGUCUUUUUGAGGUUUGGGGGAAACACGACUGAGCCGAAAUGGACACGAGCCGUUGGAUGCGGAUUGCUCUCGCCUUCAUUGUCUCCGUCUGUGUGUGUGUCAGCGAUGGAAGUCCAGUCGGUACUUCAGUCAUAAACUGUGACGCCGACACUAAUGUAAAUGUGGGUGACGUGGUUGAAGGGUAUUCAGGUGAUGUGGAGAUGUUUACUGGGAUCCAGGCAACACAGGGAGUGAAGCUGGUGCCCAACCUCUUUCCUCACCACCUUGAAUUUCUGGAGCUGGUUUUCACGCUGGGAGACACCAACGCGAUUGUUCGCACCAAGAUGCCGCUAGAUUCAGACGUACUGAAAAACACUAGCGGCACCUUGUAUUAUUCUGUCAUGUGUGAUCAGGAAGGUAACAAGAUCAACAACAAGCGAACUCUGAAAGUAAAUGAUAUCAAUGACAUGAGCCCAGUUUUUACACAGAAGCUCUAUGAGAAAACUGUCUCUGAGGCACACCCGCUGGACACAGAGGUUCUUAGGGUGAAAGCUGAAGACGGAGACAGCUCAAUAGAACACAGCAAAAUCACAUAUUCACUGGAACCAGAUACUGAAGACUUCAUGUUGACCGACUCAGGGACUUUUAUCUUGAAGAAGCCUUUUAACUACAAUGUUGCCCAAAAGUACAACUUCACUGUGACGGCCCGGGAUAAGUCGGGGUGGAAUGACACAGCGACGGUGGUGAUCAACGUUGAGGACUUUGAUAACAUGAAUCCCUAUUUCAGCCACAAUCUGUACCAAGCCUCUGUUCCAGAAAAUCAGAUUGGAGGUUUCACUACUAUUCUCCCAGAGGCGAUUAAGGCUCAGGAUGGAGACUUCGGGAUCAACGAGACUGUGAUUUACAGCAUCACUGCUGUUUCCCCAGACAAGUAUAAAUCAAACUUUGCCAUCGACCCCAACAGCGGAGUUAUAUCUGUAUUGACGGCCUUCGACAGAGAGGAGAUAAGCAGCAAUAUGAUCUCUAUCAGCAUCCAGGCAGCUCAGACCGACAACAGUUUGAAAACAGCUGGAUCUGUUGUGAUCAUCACUGUAGAGGACAUGAAUGAUAACCCUCCAGUGUUUGAUCAGACCAACUACAACAUCAUGCUUAUGGAAAACUCUCCUGUUGGUGCUGUUGUGCUUAAAGCUACCGUCGCCGAUCUUGACCAGGGAGGAUUUGUAGGAACUCUGGAGAUCAUUCCAGACACCGUUCCUUUCUCUAUCGGACCUGAUGGGACAAUCACAGUGACAAACGCCGCAGCUCUGGACAGAGAGGCCAUUGAAUCGUUCCCAUUUCAGAUAAAAGCAACAGAGAACAGCCCACCCAACAGUUUUACAACAGCGCAGGUCACUGUGACUCUCCUGGAUGUGAACGACAACUCUCCUGUAUUCACCAGCACCAGCUACGAGGGGAAAGUGUUUGCAAAUCAGACCGUGGGAAUGCAGCUGGUUCAGGUUACGGCAGAAGAUCAAGAUGCUGGUGUGAACGGAGAGAUCACCUAUUCCAUUGACGCUGGGAACAAUGAGGGAUACUUCUCAGUGGAUGAAAACACUGGAGUAAUCUCACUGGUUAAACUCAUACCACUGGUGGAAAACAAGAUUUUGGAAUUCCCGCUCUAUGUAACAGCCCGUGAUGGGGGAACCACAUCCCGCUCCACAACAGUACCAGUGAACAUUCUUGCUCCCGGUGACUCAAGGCCUCAGUUUUUCCAAAAAGUCUUCCAGGCCACUGUAGAAGAAGAACAGGAACCAGGAGCUGUGAUUCUUAAGGUUAGCUUCCAUUCCAUAGAUACUGAGGUUGACUUCACAGUUGAGACAGAAGCCGACAAGUUUGCAAUCUCUCCCACUGGUGAACUGACCCCAACGGUGAAGCUUGACUACGACAAUGGCCCACAUAACUACUCUGUGCAGAUCUCCAUCUCCGAGGAUGGUGUUGUCAGUGACAAUGCAGUUGUGGAAGUUCAGGUCAUUGAUGUCAAUGAUAACAGUCCUGUUUUUACUCCCAGUUCCUUCAAUCAAUCUGUCCCUGAGGAUGCAGUCAAAGGAUUCAAUGUUGCUGUAGUUACAGCUACAGACAAAGACAGUGGCUUUAAUAAGGAGAUCAGAUACUUCCUGAUAGGAGGAGAAGGGAAGUUCUCUAUUGAUAGCGUGUCUGGGAUGGUAAGUGUUGCCGCUGCACUGGACAGGGAGACCAAGGCAGAGUACAACAUGCUGGUGGUUGCUGAAGAUCAGGGUCGUCCAGUUUUAAAUACCACAGCCACCCUGGUGGUCCCAGUAUCUGACAUCAACGACAACGUUCCGAAAUUCUCUGAUGCUGAGUACCAGAUCGAAGUCUCAGAAACAGAGUCAGUGAACACAAUUUUGUUCACGCUAUCAGCUGUUGAUCCCGAUGGAGGCCCAAAUGGGAGAGUGAGCUACAGUCUUGUCCAGCAAAGCCCCUCAUCAGACCCUGCUGUUUUUGAGUUGGACUCCUCCAGUGGGACCCUGCAGUUGGUCCAGCCUCUGGACUACAGUGAGGUGAAGGUGUACACGCUGACGGUUCAGGCCUCUGAUGGAGGGACUCCCUCUCUAGUUGGGAACAGCUCUGUGGUGGUGAUGGUUAUGGACGUGAACAACAACCCACCUGAGUUCAGUAAGGCCAACUAUAACGUGUCCAUCCUUGAAAACCUGUCCAGUGGAGCCUCCAUCCUGACCGUGGAGGUCACUGACAGGGAUGAGGGAGGAUUUGUAGGAACUCUGGAGAUCAUUCCAGAAACUGCUCCUUUCUCUGUCGAUCCUGAUGGGACGAUCAGAGUGACAGACGCCACAGCUCUGGACAGAGAGACCAAUGAAACAAUCACAUUUCAGGUUAAAGCAACAGAGAACAGCCCACCCAAAAAUUUUACAACAGCGCAGGUCACUCUGACUCUCCUGGAUGAGAACGACAACUCUCCUACAUUCACCAGCACCAACCACGAGGGCAAAGUGUUUGCAAAUCAGACCGUGGGAAUGCAGCUGGUUCAGGUUACGGCAGAAGAUCCAGAUGCUGGUGUGAACGGAGAGAUCACCUAUUCCAUUGACGCUGGGAACAAUGAGGGAUACUUCUCAGUGGAUGAAAACACUGGAGUUAUCUCACUGGUUAAACUCAUACCACUGGUGGAAAACAAGAUUUUGGAAUUCAAGCUCUAUAUAACAGCCAGAGAUGGGGGAACCACAUCCCGCUCCACAACAGUGCAGGUGAACAUUCUUGCUCCCGGUGACUCAAGACCUCAGUUUUUACAAAAAGUCUUCCAGGCCACUGUAGAAGAAGAACAGGAACCAGGAGCUGUGAUUCUUAAGGUUAGCUUCCAUUCCAUUGAUACUGAGGUUGACUUCACAGUUGAGACAGAAGCCGACAAGUUUGCAAUCUCUCCCACUGGUGAACUGACCUCAACGGUGAAGCUUGACUACGACAAUGGCCCACAUAACUACUCUGUGCAGAUCUCCAUCACUGAUGGUGUUGUCAGUGACAAUGCAGUUGUGGAAGUUCAGGUCAUUGAUGUCAAUGAUAACAGUCCUGUUUUUACUCCCAGUUCCUUCAAUCAAUCUGUCCCUGAGAAUGCAGUCAAAGGAUUCAAUGUUACUGCAGUUACAGCUACAGACAAAGACAGUGGCUUUAAUAAGGAGAUCAGAUACUUCCUGAUAGGAGGAGAAGGGAGGUUCUCUAUUGAUCGUGUGUCUGGGAUGGUAAGUGUCGCUGCUGCACUGGACAGGGAGACCAAGGCAGAGUACAACAUGCUGGUGGUUGCUGAAGAUCAGGGUCGUCCAGUCUCCUCUGCCACAGCCACCCUGGUGGUCCCAGUAUCUGACAUCAACGACAAUGUCCCGAGCUUCUCUGAUGCUGAGUACCAGAUCGAAGUCUCAGAAACAGAGUUAGUGAACACAAUUUUUUUCACGCUAUCAGCUGUUGAUCCCGAUGAAGGCCCAAAUGGGAGAGUGAGCUACAGUAUUGUCCAGCAAAGCCCCUCAUCAGACCCUGCUGUUUUUGAGUUGGACUCCUCCAGUGGGACCCUGCGGUUGGUCCAGCCUCUGGACUACAGUGAGGUGAAGGUGUACACGCUGACGGUUCAGGCCUCUGAUGGAGGGACUCCCUCUCUAGUUGGGACCAGCUCUGUGGUGGUGACUGUUAUGGACGUGAACAACAACCCACCUGAGUUCAGUAAGGCCAACUAUGACGUGUCCGUCUCUGAGAACCUGUCCAGUGGAGCCUCCAUCCUGACCGUGGAGGUCACUGACAGGGAUGAGGACGGAUUCUCCUCCGGCUACUUCAUCUAUACCAGUGACACUUUUGACAUCAGUAAACAAGGUGUUGUCUCACUGAAGCAAAACGUCACAUUAGACAGAGAGACUAAGGACAGCUACGUAUUUCAGAUUGUUGCUGUGGACCAGGAACUGGACGGUCUGAAUGCCACAGCACAGCUCAACAUCACCGUCACAGACUACAAUGACAACGCUCCACAGUUCCCGAGCAUCCCCGACACCCUGACCCUCCCCGAGGGCAACUACUCAGAGGAAGCUCCAGGAGACGUUUUGACCAUCGUACCCACAGAUCCUGACCUCGGAGCCAACGGAGAGGUCGUCCUCUCCCUCCUCACCCUAAACCCACUCUUCAGAUUCAGAGAGGAUGGGAUGUUGCUGGCCGUUGGGCCUCUUGAUCGGGAGAGUGGGGAAACGUUCGACUUGGUUGUAAAGGCAUCAGACAAAGGCAGCCCGCAGAGAGAGAGCUUCGCCACCAUCAGAGUGAGUCUCACCGAUGUCAACGACAACCGGCCUGAGUUCAGCUCCAGUACCUACGCCAGCAGCAUCCUGGUAACAGACGCAGAGGAGGGGAAGCUGCUGCUGACUCUGUCUGCCACCGACCGGGACAUUGGGGAAAAUGCAGUCAUCAGCUACAGUUUCUCUUCUGGAAGUUCUCCAUAUUUGGCCUUAAACAGUGAGACUGGGGCUGUGACUUUGACCUCUGCCAUUUCUGAUGUUAAUGAGGAGACCACAGUGGAGCUGACAGCCAUGGCCAAAGACAACGGCGUGCCUCCUCUCAGUUCCACAGCUCAUGUCAUAGUGAAUCUGAGGAUCAUCAGCGAGGUGGAGACUGUGGCCUUCCAGAAUUCCUCCUACCACUUCAAGUUGCCUGAGAACAAGCCGGAGGGAUUUGUCGUGGGGGAGGUACAGGCCUCAGCGGGAAGCGGCAUUUACAACAUCGCCUACAAGCUGAGAACGUACGGAGACCUGUUCUCCAUCAACAGCACUGGAGCCAUCACUACCAGAACAGCACUGGACAAGGAGCAGCAGGAGUGGUACAUCCUGGACGUGGAGGCUGUGGACACAAGCAACCCCAGUACAUCAGCAGUGGCUCUGGUCAGAGUUCAGGUGGAGAAUGUUAAUGAGGCUCCACAGUUUUCCCCUGACGUCUACAAAGCCUCGGUGUUCAGCAUUGCUCCAGCUAAUACCCCAGUCGCCUACGUCAAGGCCUUAGACCCUGAUGUUGGAGAUGAGGCUGGUCUGGUCUACUCUGUGUCAGACGAAUCUCAUUUCAAGGUGGAUUCAUCCACGGGACUGGUGUCUGUGGUCUCUGUAGCGGAUCUGGCUGGACAGACGACAACGGUGGAGGUGAAUGCCACAGACCACAGUGGACUGCAGGCUACAGCCAAGCUGGAGGUGGUGGUAACGGAGAUGACGCCUGAGAGUCCCGACUCCGACUGGAAAGUGCCCCUGCUCAUCGCUCUGGGCGUCUUGUUGGGCCUGACCCUCAUCGCACUCAUCGUUACCGGCGUCCUUCUCUGCAAGUUCAAAAAGAAGUGGAAACCUCACAAAAAACCAGGCAAAGGCAACUUUGACUCUGAAGACUACAUGUUCUGGUCUCAGGACGCAGCUAAACCUGGGAAUCAGGCUAAUAAGGACAAAGGCCAUGAAAACUCGGUGUCUUCCCUAUGAGCUCUGGACGGGAGAAGCUUUCAAAGCCUUCAAACAGAUGCAACAUAAAUCUGAAUCCUGCCUGAAUCUCUUUCUCUUGUAAAUUAGUUAUUAUCUCAACAUCAGAUGGAGAGAAGGUCUUCUGAUGUGUGUAUUUUAUUUAUUUAUUUUUUGGUAUUUCAAGUUUGUUUUUAAAAGUGAAAACUGGAAAAAAAUACUCUUAAUUAAAUCCUACCAACAAAAACAGAAACAUUUCUUUUGUUCUAUCUAAAACAAAAAAGAGAAAGUUAGCAUUAGACUUGGUUUUCUUUCUACUAAAAUAAAUAAAUAGAAACAGGGCUUCCCAGGGUUUCUGCAACAAGUGAAAUUUAGGACUUUUUAAGACAUUUUUAAGGCCAUUAUGAGUUAAAUUUAAGACCUACACGAAGUACGAACAACAAGGAAAAACAUCACUUUCAGAACAACACAAUUUAUUUCCAGCACUGAUGCUUCCUCACAGCAUGACGGUUCUGGGUUUGAAUCCACUCCAGAUUUCUGUGUGGAGUUUGCAUGUUCUUCCAAAAGAUAGAUUUACUUGUUUUUUGAAAUACCAAAAUGCAGGUUCAGUAGCUACCAUCUCUUCGUCUCUCCAGAUCCUCAAGCUUUGAAAGAAGCCAGAUACUGAACUUUGGAUCAUGUGACAGAUUCUUGGACGUCAUAAGUUUUUGUGCUUCAUUUCACUUUUAUUCUGAAAGAUUUUUAUUUUAUUUUUUAAAUGCUUGCCUUAAAUCCACCUGAGCUUCCUAACUCAGUGGUUUUAUCUAAUACACCUUAUGAGAACAGACUGAAUGUAAAGUGUGCGCAGCCUCUCUGUCAAAUAAAAUAAUCUUUGUUCAUGUCAGUGGAAAAUGCAUCUGCACUUUUUUUAUUAUUAUUUAUUAUGUAUGCAGCUGUUAUCACCUUUAAGAGCAGAAACUCACUUCAACAUAAAUCAGGUUGUGAUCUCUAGCUCAAAUAAAACUUUGGUAUCAUCCACUGCUUGUCUGUCAAUUAAAUGACAAACUUUUUUUUUUUUUU